AUGGUAUUGAUGAAGAUACGAAAUCCAUAUUGUUCAGCCAACGUCUGGUCAUCGGGCAAAGUGAUAGUAACAGGGACAACGAGUGAGGAUGAUGCCCAACGUGCAGCACGACGUAUUGCUCGAUGUUUACAACGGCUUGGAUUUAAAACCAAAUUUCGAAAUUAUCGAAUUGUCAAUUGCCUUGCAACAUGUACAAUGCCAUGGCCAAUUGAUAUUAUUAAAUUAAGUCGAAUGUAUCCAGAAUGUGUCAGUUAUGAACCCGAAAUUCAUCCGGGUGCUACAGUCAGAUUAAACAAUAAAGUUGUUCUCAAAGUUUUUACGACUGGUAGUGUUACAUUGACAGCGCCGUCCGUCGACCUUAUCAAUACGGCAGUAAAUGAAUUUUAUCCAAAAUUAUAUGAAUGUCGAAAAAUAACAAUGUUUUUAAGAAAAUGUUUUGGACUUUCUAUAAUAGGAAAACAAUUUGGAACAUGUUUAUAUCGACGAUUAAGUAUGACACCAUUAUCGACCAGUAUAUCUUCUUCAAUUGAAUACCAACCUAUUAGAAUUCGUAUACCUUUACCUCAACAAUUACCAUCCAAACAAACAGUUCCGAUGCCUGCUACACUUCCAGCGUCGAUAACAACAACAAAUACAAUAUCUAUAUUAGAUAAAUGUUCUUUACAUGAUGAUCUUCUUUAUUAUGAUUGUCCAUCGAUAACAAAUGAAAAAAUUCAAUGUGCUUGGACAUCAACAAAUUAUCGUUAUAAACGUCAAAGACGUGUACGUAAUCAUCCGAGUCGUUUAACAAAUACUGUUGCAUAUCGUUCACGUCGUAUGCGUUUACAUCAUAAAAAGAAAUGGUUAAAAAAGUUUAAAUAUGAUUUACUUAAAAAAUUACGUGAAAAAAUAAAACGUCGAGGUAAAUUAUAUGAUAUGGAAAAUUCAAUUAUACUUGGUAAAGCUGAACAAUUCAAUGCUGAACAUUAUGUCAAACGUGAAUUAGAAAAAGCAAGAUUUUAUGGUUAUCGUGUAUCACCUAUUUAUGAUCAAAUACGAGAUCAGAUAAACCAUCUUAAAAUAGAAUAG